AUGUCUUCCGUUGGGUUUCGCUCGCAGGUGCGGAGCUAUAGCUUCGGUCCCACUAGGAAAAUGAGUUCCUCCAGCAAUGGCCGUGUUGAGGCUGGUGAGCGGACCGCGUUGUUGGGCCAUAUUGGACAUUCUUCUUCGUUCUCGGGCCUGGCGCCCCAUGAGCAGACCGAGCAUGGUGGUCACCACCAUCACCCCAAGGAUAAUCGUGCCUGGGUGCGUUGGCCGCUGCAUGUCGUGCGUUUGACCUGGUUGACUCUGGUCCGCGAUUAUGUGAAUAUUCUGUUGGUCUUUGUUCCUUUGGGUAUCAUCGCGGGAGCCCUCGGUUGGGAUCCGAGCGCUAUCUUUGUUCUCAAUUUCUUUGCUAUCAUUCCGCUUGCCUCCCUGCUGAGCUUUGCGACGGAGGAGUUGGCUGCGACGAUGGGUCAGGCGUUGGGUGGUCUGAUGAAUGCUACUUUUGGUAAUGCUGUUGAGUUGAUUGUCAGUAUCAUUGCUCUCAAGGACAAACAGAUCCGUGUCGUCCAGGCCAGUAUGCUGGGUAGUAUCCUCUCCAAUAUCCUUUUGGUUCUGGGCUGCUGCUUCCUGGUGGGCGGUAUCCGUCACCGCGAGCAGUCCUUCAACUCUACCGUGGCCUCCACCAUGUCCUCCCUGAUGGCCGUGGCUUCCGCCUCGUUGAUUAUCCCGGCCACUCUCUACGCGGCCCUGUCCCACUCCAAGCAAAGCGCACAGGACAAUAUCUUGAUCCUCUCCCACGGUACCUCGAUCAUCCUGCUCAUCAUUUACGUGAUGUACCUCUACUUCCAGCUCCACUCCCACGCCUAUCUCUUCGAGGAGUCCAACGAUGCCGAGACUGCCGAGGGUGCCGAGGGUGCCGAGGGCGAGGAAGAGGAGGAGCGUCUGCUGAACCCCGUGGCUGCCACUGUGGCUCUGAUCAUCGUGACUAUCCUGGUGGCCAUCUGUGCUGAUUACCUGGUUGGCAGCAUUGACAGCAUCGUGGAAAAGACCGGCAUGAGCAAGACCUUUAUUGGUCUGGUGCUGAUUCCUAUCGUUGGCAAUGCUGCCGAGCACGUUACUGCGGUGGUGGUUGCAUACAAGGAUAAGAUGGAUCUGGCGAUUGGCGUCGCAAUUGGUAGCAGCUUGCAGAUUGCCCUUUUCGUCACUCCCUUCCUGGUCAUCCUGGGCUGGAUCAUGGGUAUCGAGAUGACUCUUCACUUCCAGACCUUUGAGACCGUCGCGUUCUUCAUUUCUGGCCUGGUCGUGACCCUCUUGAUUCAGGAUGGAAAGUCCAACUAUCUGGAGGGUGGCAUGUGCCUGGGAAUGUACCUCAUUCUUGCUCUGGCAUUCUAUGUCUACCCCGACGAUGUCGGUGAGGGAGUUGGUGGUUUCUUCGGCAACCACGUCAACUAA